UUUCAAACGGUGGCGCGUGGCUGUCUCCGUGACUUCUACUUAGCGGUUGCUAUGGAAAGCGGCAACGGGCAACCUUUAACAGAUGUUGUCGCAUAUGUUGAUGUAUGGUCAUCCAGCAGAACAGAAAACUACUCAGAACCUUUUGCCCAACAACUUCUUGAUAUGGGAGCAAAAGUUUCCAAGACCUUCAGCAAACAAGUGACUCAUGUAAUCUUUAAAGAGGGGCACUGGUCUACUUGGAAUAGAGCACAGAAGACUGGGAUUAAACUAGUGUCUGUACUUUGGGUAGAAAAGUGCCGAGAAGUUGGAGCAUAUGUUGAUGAAUCAUUAUAUCCUGCAAUAAAUACGAAUGAAGGUUUGCCUCAACAAAUUAGAAGGCAUAAAUGCAUGCAGCCCAGAGACUUUGUUGAAAAAACUCCAGAAAAUGAUCGGAGAUUACAAAAAAAGCUGAAGACUAUGGCUAAAGAUUUGGAUGUACAGAAAGCAGCAACAGAAAUGGAUAUACCGGUUUUAUUAUUUGAAGAUGAUGGUUCUCUGUUAUACAGCCCAGCAAGUAAAAUUAAAUAUGAGUGCAAUGCAAUGGAAAGAAGAAUAAAGGACAUGAAGGAGAAAAGAGAAAAUCUUUCCCCUACAGCUUCACAGAUGUCUCAGGUAUCAGGCUUCAGUUCUGUUCAAGCAACACAAGAACCAGUUCUUGUUUCUGCCAGUUCAAGUUGGGCAUUAUCAGAAGAAGAGAGCAGUGAUCCUUUAAACUCAAGCUUUGCUGACUUGUGGGGAAACUCUGAAUGCAGGAGUCUUAGAAAGAAAUCUUCCAACUCUUCAUUUGAAGUUUCGGCUACUCCUGAUGUUUCUGCAGCUGGAUUAGGAAGCUCUCCAUUCUUCACAGAUGACAGCAAGAAUUUAAGUCCAAAACAACCAAGUGGCAAACAUUUACAAAAAAGCCUGAUUCGGCCAAAAAUCUUCAGCUUGGCACGGGAUUUUCUAAGCAAAGAGGCUGAAUUUGAAAUGCCCUCUCCACAAAAACACAGUGAUCUUCCACAUGCAAGCAAGUUGGACUAUAGAUGUUCUUCAGAAAAAUUGAUCCAUGUGGAAUCUGCUGAAAGUUCCAGCAUCCUCUCAUAUUCAGAAAUGGACAAUGACUACAUUGCUGAUUUCCGUUCAACUAAUUUAAACCUUUCCUCACUGAAAAGUGAUUGUGCUUCAAGUAGCAAACAACAAAGAAGAUCCAAAAGGAGAUCAAGUAUUAGACCGAACACUUCAGCAUUAUGCCGAAGAGAGUUUCAGAAUGACUUUUUGCCAGCUGUGCUCACUCCUACUAAGUCUGCUGUAGACCAAGAUUCUUCUUACGAAGAUUAUUUUUCACCGUCUAAUUUAAAUAAAAGUAAGGUAGAAGUUACCCUUCCUUUUCCAAACCUGCAGAAAUUGCAGAGUCCUAGUAGAAUGGUUUACAACUGUAGCCCUUCUCAAACUAAGCAAGAGGCAGUGUUGCAAAAAUCCAAUACGAAAGAGAAAACUGUGAGCAGAAAGAGGAAAAAAAUGGCUGAUAAUAAUGAGAAUAUUGCAAGAAGUGACUGCAUGCAAUCUGUAUCUUCUCAUAGUAAAGACAGUGCAACUUUAAACUCUGUGUUACCAGGGGGAAAGAUGAACACUGUAGAAAGCCCAGACUGUCUUCUCAAUCUUAACUUUCAGAAAAAGAUGCCCAUAACCACUGAAAAUAGAUGCUGUCUUACACUUGGAGAUGAGAACAAAUUUUGCAGGUGUGAUGUCAAAGAUGGUUCAUCUGAAUCUUUUCAUAAUCAAUCACAUGAACUUAAAGAGAAAUUAGAAACCACUGGAAAAAUCAAAAAGCCAUCGAAAACAUUAGUCAUGACAAGUAUGUCUUCUGAUCAGAAGAACGCGAUUGUUCAAGUGGGAAAGAAGCUGGGAGGCUUUAUGUUUUCAAAUGAAGUAUGUGAAAAUACAAGCCAUGUGAUUGCAGGGAGUCCCCGUCGUACCUUAAAUAUACUUCUGGGAAUUGCUCGAGGCUGCUGGAUUGUCAGUUAUGAAUGGGUAUUGUGGUCUUUGGAAUAUGGCCACUGGGUUUCAGAAGAACCAUAUGAGCUUUCAGUUGAUUUCCCUGCAGCUCCUAUCUGCCGACUUCAACGACACCUAUCAAAUAGAGAAAGUCACCAGAAACUUUUUUCAGAUCAGCCUGUAAUGUUCAUCUCUCUUACUAGCCAGCCACCCUUUGAGAAACUCUGUGAGCUGAUACAGCUUUGUGGAGGAAGAAUAUGUAAAACUCUCCGUCAGGCUGAACUCUGCAUUGGAAAAUGCAGGGUUGGAAAGCAUGCAGAGAUACAAUGUUUAUCAGAAAAAUGGAUAUUGGAUUCAAUCAUCCAGAAUAAGGUUUGUCCUCUUGAAAGUUAUAUAUUUCAAAACAAGAAUUAGGAAUUAAAUACUCUGAUGCUUUAUUCUAUAAAUGCAAUGUUUGAAACAUUCUAGAAAGCCAAGCAGAAUUAUUAAAAUAUAUACAUAAAAACUCCAUGAACCAAGAAGGGAAAGGAGCCAGUAAGUCUGAGACCCACAGUCGAUCUCUCAAUGACUGCUAAAAAUAACAUUUGAACAAUCCCAGAAUUGUGAGUUUGAAAAUCACAGAGAUAAGUGUGUUGAUUUAGGUCUUGUAUAUUCAUUGGAUGUUGUACUGGACCACAUACAGAUUCAUUUGAUGUUUGUGAAGUCAGCAUAUAAUUUUUGAAGAUAUCUCAGAUCCUAGCAAAUAUUUUCGCUUUUUAUUUUAAGAAAAGUUAGCCACUGCCUUUAUAUGAACUUUUCAGAGGCCAACAGAAAGCUUAACUGCAAAUGAUGAACAGACAACUACAUGGACCCCUUUAUUAGUAAGCAAUAUACCAGAGACUGGAAUAGAAAUAUUUUAAUAUAAUAAUAAGUGACAUGUGAACAUAUGGUUCCCAGUAAACAGUGGGAUAUGAUUUUUACAAUUAUAUUAUUACCGCUUGUGUACUUUCUAGUCUUCUCAUAAAUGUUUUACACACAGAAAACUGUCAUCACUAAUUUAUGUAACCUAACAUUCCAAAUUGGCUUUCUCAUAAAUUCUCUUGAAAUGAAUUUCAAGUUGUGUGUAAUGCAACCUCUGGGGAUAGCUGCUGUUUUUAUUACCUACAUAUG